UUUUGAAAUCCCGCUGUCUGCCAGCUAGCAAGUUUCUGAAAAAAUCCCUCGGAUAGUUGUGAGGUGAUUAAAUAUCCCCUUCCUAUCCUCGAUGCCAACGACUCCAUAAUCCAUAAUACAAAUAAUAUUAAUACUUUAAUUUCAUAACAGCACUCCAGAGGCAUAUUUUAGUCCUUUUUAAACGUAUAAAUAGAGUUAUUCUGACCUGUUUAGAUUAGCUUUUAGCGGAUUAGCUUCAGACUUGGCUGUUUCACACAGAAGGUCCUGCGCAGAAACAAAAUGAAACUCUACAGUUUAAGCGUGUUGUAUAAAGGUUCGACAAAGGCCAACCUGCUUAAAGCCGCGUAUGAUCUAUCAUCAUUUAGUUUCUUCCAGAGGUCCAGUCUGCAGGAGUUUAUGACCUUCACCAGCGCACUGAUUGUUGAACGUUCAGCGAUAGGAAGUCGUGCGUCUGUCAAAGAACAAGAGUACUUGUGUCAUGUAUACAUACGCAAUGAUAAUCUUGGAGGCGUGGUGAUUGCAGACAGUGAAUAUCCCUCCAGAGUGUGUUUCACUUUACUCGACAAGGUUUUGGAUGAGUUCUCCAGGCAGGUGAACAGCAUCGACUGGCCAUCUGGGUCACCAGCGACUAUACAGUACACGGCACUGGACAGUUACCUGGCUAGAUACCAGAAUCCUCGUGAGGCAGACGCUAUGACCAAAGUGCAAGCUGAACUGGACGAAACCAAAAUUAUUUUGCACAACACAAUGGAGUCACUUCUCGAGAGAGGAGAGAAACUGGAUGAUUUAGUGCAGAAAUCUGAGCAUCUGGGAAACCAAUCAAAAGCCUUUUAUAAAACGGCACGCAAGCAGAACUCGUGUUGUGAGGUCAUGUGAUCACUACGAAGCAUCUAAUCGGACUCUCUUCGCCCACUCUUCCUCUCUCUUUCUUUUCUCUUUUUCUCUCUUUUUGAUCUGGGCUGGUGCACUCCGUAUGCAUCAGUCAUGGUAAAUACAGGAUAGAGAGAACAGAUCCAACGUUAUACAAUAAAAGGUUCAGAGGGGGCUGAUUUCCCAUCAUGCACUACACUUACUCUGUCAUCGGUUUUGAUGAGUUCCUUUGAAGGGUCUCGUGAAGCUCUCAACGGUUCCUCAGGAUCUGGCUGAAACACGAAACAGAUAUGAAUAAAGGCAUAGAUGGGGUCGCGAUACAUUUCCCCGCUGUGCCUUACUUUUAGACGGCAGUGUGAUAAUAGACAGCUUCUCAGACUGUUUAAUUAGCCUUAUAAACGAAGGACAUUUUGGGUGAAAAUGCUGCAAUCUCAAUUUAGAACUUAUUAAUCACUUUGGCAGUUUUGAAGCGCCUUGUAUGGUGAAAACCUAUCUUUUCAUCCUGGCUGAAUCUUUUUUUUUAUUUUAUUUUUAUGUGAAAACAGUAAAUAACGUGUUAACAACUUUUGGAUUUAAAUGACUAUCUGGAGUGAUUUUUGCUUAAAUAUUGUGCACAGUGUAAGUGACUGACCAAAUUAAAUGUUUCCAAGUGUUUCGUGUACAAUUCUGAUACUUUCCUCUCUUGAAAAUGUAAAUAAAUAAGUCAAUCAUAUUGGCUUUGGUUUCCUGCAUCAUUUCCUGGAGUUUUUAUUGCAAUUUGGGUUUUAAUAGUUUGUCAAUGCACAUAAGAAACACUCCUGCAAUAUUUUGGUUUGAUUAGAACAUGAUAUAUAAAUAUACCAGCUAGUGGUUUAUGAGGAAUAUGUGAUAUUUUAAAUGAAUAAUAAAGCCUUAAAGUGUGGUUUGCUUUGAAAUCAGCCUCCCUGACCCCUGUGCAAUGGUAGAUGCAGUUAUCGGCGCAAUCGUAAGUGUAAAUCAGUGCCGUUUUAAUGGUUGUUCACUUUUGGCUGGACCUCAUAAAUGCUGUAUUCAGGUGAAUCUCAUAUAAACAUUUCACCCCGAAAAGAAUUAGAGAAAUUAUAUUUUGCAUAAUGAAAAUAGUUCAUUUUAAUUGCAAAAUAUAUCAAUACUUUUUGAAAUAAGUUGUAUGCAUUAACAUUAGUUCAUGCAUUGAACUAACAAAUUGAUAAACAAUAGUAUUUUCAUAAAUUAACAUUAAGAUUAAUACUGUAAAAAUAUACUGUUUGUUGUUUGUUCAUGAUACCUAAUGCAUUUAAUAAUGUUAACAAAUUGAACAGAAGUGUUACUGACUUUUUUCACCAAUGAUAUUUAAUUAAAUUGAACAUGUAAAUGUAUAUUAAAUAUAACACUAGAAAAGUGUUAUAUUUGUGAAGUAAAUUUAUCAGAACAUUUUAAGUACUUUCUGCAUUGAAUAUGUAAGUUUAAGCGAGAACUUGAAAAUAUUUAGUAAAUUCACAUUUCUUCUCAAUUCAAACAUGUAAAAAUUAAUGCUCUAUAUGUAAAAGUUAUGAUUUGUUAUCUUUACAAUGCAUCAUCAUGUAUCAGUCCAAAACCUUGUCAUAUUUCUUCACUAAUUUGAGUACAUUUCACGGAUAAAUAAGUUCAUUUUACUUAACUUUUUGAAGCUGGUGUUCCCAGCUUGAAUAGCUAAUAAGCUUUCAUGGUUUCACUGUUUGCAAGUUGAUUUUGUUGUUAUGCUUGGUAACGUCUUGUUUUGUUAAGUCUGAAGUUAAUUUUUUAUUCAGAAUUAUCCGUUCGCGAUAAAAAAAAAAAAAAUCUGUCGAUUGUUACCGUAACGUACUUGUUUCCGAGGUUUUAGUAAGUAAACCUCACUCCAAAUACUGUUCUUCGAAAAGUCCAAAUAUAAUGAUAAAUAGCAGCAAUUAACAAAAUAUUUCGCUUCAAAAAAGAAGACAAUGUACCUUUAAGGCUGCACAUGGGCACUAGUGAAUUAGUGAGUCAUUUAUGUGAACUAGUUUAGUGAAUCAUUAAUGCGAACCGACUCACUUAAAUGAUUUGAAGUUCCCAAUUGUAAUUAUAAGGGAAUCAUUUAUUGUAGCCUGUUCAUUUGCAUGAACUUUCCGAAAGAACUGAUUCACAAAAAUUAUUUGGAUUUCCCAGCACGUUUACGUGACCGCAUUUGAUUAUUGCCUCGCUCCUUUGCUGCGUGUGCAACAUAACGUAGCGAUUUGUGACGCUACAAUGCUAAUCGUUGGAAAUUAAGCUUGUUACUGUACAAGUUAUCUAUUGUGAAAAUAGCUGAGCUACUGUCACAAUAUUGCACAGUUUAGUUAAGUUAGUAGCGUCGCAGGGGGACUGGGUAGCUCAGCGGUAAAAUACGCUGGCUACCACCCCUGGAGUUCGCUAGUUCAAAUCCCAGGGCGUGCUGAGUGACUCCAGUCAGGUCUCCUAAGCAACCAAAUUGGCCCGGUUGCUAGGGAGGGUAGAGUCACAUGGGGUAACCUCCUCGUGGUCGCUAUAAUGUGGUUCGUUCUUGGUGGGGCGCGUGGUGAGUUGAGCGUGGAUGCCGCAGUGGAUGGCGUGAAGCCUCCACAUGCACUAUGUCUCCGUGUUAACGUGCUCAACAAGCCAUGUGAUAAGAUGCGUGGGUUGAUGGUCUCAGACGCGGAGGCAACUGGGAUUCGUCCUCCGCCACCCAGAAUGAGGCAAAUCACUACACGACUACGAGGACUUAAAAGCACAUUGGGAAUUGGGUAUUCCAAAUUGGGAUACCCCCCCAAAAAAGCUAGUAGCGUCGCUAUGUUUAGUUACUCAAUAACACUCGGUGGCGGUUCUAGCUUGUAUGGCGCCCUGAGCAAACACCCCCUCCAUCCCCGGACGGCUGCCCAUGUCACCCAUACCUAAAUCAGCCACUGCUUACACUGGUAACAUGUCAAAAUGUUUUACUUCUUUGCAAUUCUCACUACUCUCAAUAGUGAUUCUCUUUACUGUUAUUCAGUCAUUUUUACAGUAUUACUAGUGUAAGCUCGUACAACUAAUACAACCAUGAUGUUUAAAUGCUUCACAUUUUAAAUUAUGUACAAUUAUUAUUUUUAUAUAAUGGUAGUAACAAUGUGUUGUUGUUUUUUCAAUUACAGCAAUGAGAAUUUGAGGGGUGUAUAUAUAUAUAUAUAUAUAUAUAUAUAUGCUUAAUUGUCUUGAAAAUAAUGUUCCACAAUGCAAAACAUUUUAAUGGUCCAAAAAAAAAAGCUUAAUUUUCUUAAGAAGAAAUGCAAAAUUGUAUUUCUUAUCUCUCUUGAUUUUAGGGGUGAAAUAUGACAAGUUUCGUGAGAUUCACCCAUUCAAUCUAACGAUAAUUUUGCUGCUGACAGCCUCAAUACUUGAUUCUUGUAAUUUGGUUUAGAGUUUUCUCUUUCUAUAACGCUUUAAACAUCCAUGCACAAACGUUUUCAAUAGAUAAAAACCAGCUGAAACUAGAGCAAAGUUUUGUAUUGUUGAUGUUUUUUUCUAGUCGAAACUGGAGUCUGCACAUCUUUAAAUUCAUCCCUACUAAAUGUGGUUUUUUAACAUCAUCAGAGGUGGAUGAUUAUUUCUUACUCCAUGGAGUGUUGUGUGUAUAUAUGUUCAGAAAAACUUUGUACUGCAUUUCCUUUGGUGAGCAUGUAUGAUUGAGAUUUCUCAGCUGCAAGUGUGACCAGCGUGUUCAUGAUAACACAGGAAAUAUAACAGUGUUAUACUCCAAUCAGAAUGAGUAUUUUUGUGUGCUCAGUGUAUGUGGCUUCUCUUUGCCCUCAGCAAUGUAACUAACUAACUGUUGAUAUAGAUGAAGAGUGCCUUUUUUGGUUUUGCCAAACCAUUGUCAGCUCGUUUUAGAUAUCCAUUAGCUUGCCAUUGUGGCAAAGCACUUAAGAGAUGUUUAAAAACAAAUUGUACCCCUUCACAUAUUCAUUAAAUGUACUAAAAUUUUAAAUGUUGGCUAAUAAAUAUUUUGCAUUAAAAAACAUGGCUUUCAUUUUAAACCAGUAUCAUAGCUAGUCUGUUUCUUCACUGCAAUCUCUGUGUUGUGACAAGCUCUGUCGUAUUAAGACAGCUUGUAAUGUAGUGGUGGUGGCGUAGUGGGCUAAAGCACGUAACUGGUCAUCAGAAGGUUGCUGGUUUAAUCCCCACAGCCACCACCAUUGUGUCCUUGAGCAAGGCACUUAACUCCAGGUUGCUCCAGGGGGAUUGUCCCUGUAAUAAGUGCACUGUAAGUCGCUUUGGAUAAAAGCGUCUGCCAAAUGCAUAAAUGUAAAUGUAGGAGUCGUCACAACUUGCAUAGUCAGUUUAAAUCUAUUACAGUUUGUCUAUUUCAUUUUGUUGUUCAUGCAAUUUAAUUAGGCUAUAAAUCAUUCAACUGUAAAUAAA